AUGUUCCAAGCUGGGGGACAGCAUGAGCAAGAGCCCAUGCUGAUGCCUUCAAAUGCAUGGUCAUCCAUGGAUAACCAAGGACGUGGAGAUCUCUACAUUCAAGAUCCAAGAUCAGACAGAUGCUUAGUACAAGCUUUGAAUUCUGUCUCAAACUCAAUUUAUGGAGCUUCCGGAGCUGCACUUCAGGACAAGGGGACAGACAAAACGGAGGUCCAGGGGACAGUGACACUGACAGUGACCAAGACCAUGACCAGACUCACAACACCCCUGCCAGCCAGCAAGAGUGUGCAGACCACUCAGCCAACUGCCUCUUUCCAGAGUCCCACCCCCACAAGCAAGAAGAGGCUAAAAGUCGAAGACUUCCCGGCAGAACCCCUCUGGGACUUUGAGGAUGAAUAUAGAUUGGAAGAAGGAAGUCUACAGACAAAUUGCCCUGAUUCUGUGAAAGUCAAAGCUGCUCAGUCCCCUUGGCUCCGGGAACGCUUUCUUCCCAACCUCACCCUCUUUCUGGAUUUGGAACAUUUCAACCUCAGUGAGUGGAAUCGGCUGGAACAUUUUAAACCUCCAUUUGGCUUCAUGGGCCUCAAUUAUACCAUGGUUCAGGAAAUCCUGAAGAAGUUCCCAUCUGUCUCUCAGCAACAGCUUCUCUUGGCCGCCCACCCCCAAACUGGGACCCCCCCAUGUAUCAGCUGUGCCGUGGUAGGGAAUGGAGGCAUCCUGAAAAGGUCUCAGUUGGGCCAGGAGAUAGACAGCCACGACUAUGUGUUCAGGGUCAACGGGGCUCUGAUCAAUGGCUAUGAACAGGAUGUGGGUACCCGGACAUCUUUCUAUGGUUUCACCUACCACAGUUUGGCCGCGUCACUUGGUUUGUUGAGGAAUCAGGGUUUUCAUCAAAUGCCAAUGGAAAAGGACAUCCACUAUUUGCACUUCCUUGAAGGGCUUCAGGAUUUUGAGUGGCUGAAGUACAUACUACGUGACCAGAUUAUGGAAAAAUCUGUCAUGGAAAGACCUUUGCGGUAUUUGCUGAUGCACCCAGACUUGCUUCGAUACGUGAAGAACAGGUUUUUGCGGUCAGACAUCCUAGAUACGCUCUACUGGGCUUUUUACCGCCCCUCUAAUGGUGCCUUUCUGCUGCUCGCUGCAAUCCAACUGUGUGAUCGGGUGAGUGCCUAUGGUUUCAUCACCAGUGACUUUUAUCAAUUUGCUGAUCACUACUAUGACCCAAGGUGGAAAAAAAUGCACUUGUACACCAACCAUGAUUUUAUACUAGAGAAGAAACUGUGGGAACAACUACACAGUGAAGGUAUCAUCCAGCUAUACCACGGUCCUAAAGCCACGAAACCACAGAACUAG